CAUGGCCGAGGAGACGAAGCUGGAGACGGCCGCGGUCGCCGAGGUGGUCGUGACGGAGGCGGAGAAGAAGGUGGAGGUGGAGGAGAAGGCAGUCGAGGUGGAGGUGAAGGCCGUCGAGGUGGAGGAGAAGGCUGACGAGGCUGCGACGGCGGCGGCGGCGGAGGAGGAGGAGAAGAAGAUGGAGGAGGCGGAGGCCGAUGCCACGGCGGACGACGCGGCGGUGAUCGAGGGCAGCACCGCCUCCUUCAAGGAGGAGAGCAACCUCGUCUCCGACCUCGCCGACCCCGAGCAGAAGGCGCUCGCCCAGCUCAAGGAACUCGUCGCCGCCGCGCUCGCCGCCGGGGAGUUCGACCUGCCCCCGCCGCCGCCAGCGACUCCGGCGGCCGACGAGGCCAAGGCUGAGGAGCCGGCGAAGGUCGAUGCGGCGGCGCCCGAGAAGACCGAGGUGGCGGCCGAGAGCGAGACCAAGGCCGAGGCCUCUGCACCCGAGGAGCCCAAGACGGACGCCCCGGCCCAGGAGGAGCCCAAGGUCGAGGAGCCUGCCAAGGAGGAGCCGAAGACGGACGCGCCGGUUGCGGCCGCCGCCGCCGUCGGAGAGGAGCCCCAGGCUGACGCGGCGGCCGAGGAGGCCAAGCCGGCGGAACCGGAGCCGGAGGAGAAGGCCAUCGUGGUCACCGAGGAGGAAGGUACCAAGGCCGUCGUCCCCACCGCGGAAGAGACCGUCGUUCCCGUCGAGGCCGUCCCCGACUCCGCCGAGCCCGCGGCCCCCGCCGCGGCCGAUCCGAAGCCGGAGGAGCUGAUCUGGGGCGUGCCGCUGGCGGGCGGCGACGAGCGCACGGACACGGUGCUCCUCAAGUUCCUCCGCGCGCGCGAGUUCAAGGUGAAGGAGGCCAUGUCCAUGCUCAAGGCCGCGGUCCUCUGGCGCAAGAGCUUCGGCAUCGACGCGCUCCUGGGCGCCGACCUGGGCGUCCCGGAGCUGGAGAGCGUGGUCUUCUACCGCGGCGCCGACCGCGAGGGCCACCCCGUCUGCUACAACGUCUACAGCGAGUUCCAGGACAAGGAGCUCUACGAGAAGGCCUUCGGGGACGACGAGAAGCGGGACCGCUUCCUCAGGUGGCGCAUCCAGCUCCUCGAGCGCGGCAUCCGGGAGCAGCUCGACUUCUCCGCCAGCGGCGUCUGCUCCAUGGUGCAGGUCACCGACCUCAAGAACUCGCCGCCCAUGCUCGGCAAGCACCGCGCUGUCACGCGCCAGGCGCUCGGCCUGCUCCAGGACAACUACCCUGAAUUCAUCGCAAAGAAGGUGUUCAUCAAUGUGCCAUGGUGGUAUCUUGCGGCAAACAAAAUGAUGAGUCCAUUCCUCACACAGCGCACCAAGAGCAAGUUCACCGUUUGCAGCCCAGCCAAGACUGCAGAGACUCUUUUCAGAUACAUUGCGCCGGAGCAGGUCCCUGUCCAGUUUGGUGGCCUCUUCAAAGAGGAUGAUACUGAAUUCUCAACAUCUGAUGCUGUCACUGAGCUCACCGUCAAACCUUCUUCCAAGGAAACUAUUGAGAUUCCUGCUACUGAGAACUCGACGGUUGUGUGGGAGCUCCGUGUGCUUGGGUGGGAGGUGAGCUACGGCGUGGAGUUCAGCCCUGACGCAGAGGGCGGCUACACGGUGAUCGUGCAGAAGACAAGGAAGGUGCCCGCCAACGAGGAACCAAUCAUGAAGGGUAGCUUCAAGGCUGGUGAGCCUGGCAAGGUGGUGCUCACCGUCAACAACCCGACGUCCAAGAAGAAGAAGCUGCUGUGCCGAUUCAAGGUCAAGAGCUCCACCGAAUCCACCUAAAGGUUCCAGCUGGAAUGACUACCGAUUAUCACCAACCAGGUCCAUACCCACCACCAUUUGAACAUGUUGCAGGAUAGAAGAAGAGAGCAAUAAGAUUCUAGAUGGCCGCUUUGUGUUUUGGUUCUUUAAUUUGUUGGCUUGCUGUUUUUUGGGGAUCAGACUUGGUUUGCGUUGAAGGUGGGGAAAAUAUGAGAUAGUGAUGGUUCCUGAGAUCAGGGGGGAGGAAAUUGUGUGCUAGGAAGGACCCAAGAAGUGUUGCUGAUCUGUAAAAAUCUGUCUGUACAUGGUUAUCCAUAUGGAUUCUCUAUCGUCGACAUGUUAAUUGUUAGAAAAUAUUCAUGUUUUGUGGGUCACCCAGCCACCCCAUGUUA